UGGGGUCAGGUGAUUCUUUUAUAAAACUAGUUUCACACUUAAAAUAAUUAUAUGUAGGGUAACAUGUUUAAUGUUAAAUAUGAAUAUAACAUGGGGUUAACAAGUAACAACCAGUUGACAAAGGCAGCCACAUAUCUUUGUCGAUCUAAUCUUUGAAACAAUUGGAGUCAUUUUUAUCCCAAAGAGGACAAUCAAACAGUUUCGACUAUUGAGGAUUUGGGUCAAACUAAUCAAUCAUUAUAACAUAGGAGAAAUCGGAAUACCCUUUAAAUUACCUAACACAACAUCUCGCUAAACAUAUCUACACCAUAUCUUUUUUGGUCUAAGAAAGAAACCGCCAUGGAAUCCAAAGGAGCAGCUCAGUGGAGCUCGAUUAUAGUUCCUUCUGUUCAGGAGAUGGUUAAGGAAAAGAUGGUCACGACCGUUCCUCCCAGGUAUGUUCGGCCUGAUCAGGACAAGACUGAAGUCACCGAUGGUUCUGGUCUAAAUACCGAGAUCCCAAUCAUUGACAUGAAGCGGUUAUGUUCCUCAACAACCAUGGGCUCUGAGGUUGAGAAGCUCGACUUUGCUUGCAAAGAAUGGGGAUUUUUCCAGCUUGUAAACCAUGGAAUAGAUCCAAGUUUCUUGGACAAAAUAAAGUUGGAGAUUCAAGGUUUCUUCAAUCUUCCCAUGGAAGAAAAGAAGAAGUUUUGGCAGCAACCAAAUGAGAUCGAAGGUUUCGGACAAGCUUUUGUGGUUUCAGAAGAUCAGAAGCUCGAUUGGGCAGAUAUGUUCUACCAUAUUGUGCAACCAAUUGAAGAACGCAAGCCUCACUUGUUCCCCAAGCUACCUCUUCCUUUUAGAGAUACUCUGGAGACGUAUUCUACUGAAGUGCAGAGCAUAGCUAAGAUCUUAAUAGCAAAAAUGGCGAGAGUCCUAGACGUCAAACCAGAGGAAAUGUUAAAGUUGUUUGAUGAUGUUGAUUCGGUCCAGAUGAUGAGGAUGAACUACUACCCACCGUGUCCACAACCUGAUAAGGUUAUCGGACUAUCUCCUCAUUCAGAUCCAAACGGACUCACCAUACUGUUGCAGGUUAAUGAAGUUGAAGGUCUCCAAAUCAAGAAAGAUGGGAAAUGGGUUCCUGUUAAACCUCUCCCAAAUUCUUUCAUUGUCAACAUAGGAGACGUCAUAGAGAUCAUAACAAAUGGGACAUAUCGAAGCAUCGAGCAUCGAGGAGUUGUGAACUCAGAGAAAGAGAGGCUCUCUAUUGCGACGUUUCACAACCCUGGAAUGUAUAAAGAAGUUGGUCCAGCACAAAGCCUCGUUGAAAGGCAGAAGGUUAGAAAAUUCAAAAGUCUGACCAUGAAAGAGUAUAUGGAUGGCGUGUUCUCUCGUACACUCGACGGAAAAGCUUAUCUCGAUGCUUUGAAAAUAUAAAGAAAGUAAUGCCUUGCGUCCUAAGAAACUCUACCAUAAAUAUAUACUCUGUUUCUCUUCGUGUGUUUUCUUGAUUGCUGCAAUAAACAAAUCUAUAUGAACUUAUAAUAAGAAUGCUUCUACGUAUUGCUAUAAUAAGAUGAAUGUACGUUUCCGUUUCUUAA